CUCUGCCCGCUGAGUUACGGAUGCCAUUAGAGUUUGAUUCCAUUUCUCUGCUCCAGGCACUAAGUAAGCCCACCAAGCUGGGGCGGCCUCGUUCCGGUGAUGGCUCCCUGUGCCAGCUGCUUCCUGUUGGCAGUGAUGUUUUCUGCCAGCUGUAAAGCCAUCACCUCCUCGGAUCAGAUGUGCACUGAGAAAGAAGCCAACAAAACAUAUAACUGUGAAAAUUUAGGUCUCACAGAAGUUCCUGAGACUCUACCAAACACAACAGAAUUUUUAGAAUUUGGCUUUAAUCUCUUGCCUACAAUUGAAAAUACAACUUUCACCAGACUCGUAGAUCUUAUCUUUUUGGACUUAACCAGGUGUCAGAUUAACUGGGUACAUGAAGACACUUUUCAAUACCAGCAUCAAUUGGACACAAUUGUGUUGACUGGAAAUCCUCUGAUAUUCAUGGCAGAAACAGCGUUUAAUGGGCCCAAAUCGCUGAAGCAUCUUUUCUUAGUCCAAACAGGAAUAUCCAAUCUCCAGUUUAUACCAGUGUACAAUCUGGAAAAGCUGGAAAGUUUGCAUCUUGGAAGUAACCAUAUUUCCUCCAUUAAGUUCCCAGAAAACUUUCCAACGCAGAAUUUGAAAGUCCUGGAUUUUCAGAAUAACGCUAUAUACUAUCUCUCUAGUGAAGACAUGAAUGCUCUGGAGAAGGCCACCAACCUAAGCCUUAAUUUCAAUGGCAAUGGCAUUAGAGGCAUUGAGCCUGGAGCUUUCCAUUCAAAAAGCUUCCAGAGUUUGAACUUUGGAGGCACUCUUAACUUGUCUGUUAUAUUGAAAGGUCUACAGAACUCUACUACUCAGUCUCUCUGGCUGGGGACAUUUGACGACAUUGAAGACCAAGACCUCACUUCAGCCAUGUUUGAGGGACUUUGUGAAAUGUCUGUUGAAAGCAUCAAUCUACAGAAGCACCAUUUCUCUGAUAUCUCAUCUACAACAUUUCGGUGCUUCACUCAACUCCAGGAAUUGGAUCUGACAGCAACUCACUUGAAAGGGUUACCCUCUGGGAUUGAGGGUAUGAACGCUCUCAAGAAAUUAGUUCUCAAUGUAAAUAAUUUUGACCAGUUGUGUCAAAUCAAUGCUGCCAGUUUUCCAUCCCUCAUAGAUCUCUCUAUCAAAGGCAACGUGAGGACACUAGACCUUGGUGCUGGGUGUUUGGAAAAACUAGAAGAUCUUCAGAAACUUGAUUUAAGCCACAAUGAUAUAGCAGCUUCCGACUGCUGCAAUCUGCAACUCAAAAACCUGGCCCACUUACAAUACCUAAAUCUGAGCUACAAUGAGCCUCUUGGUCUCCAGAGUCAGGCAUUCAAAGAAUGUCCUCGGUUAGAACAUCUAGAUUUGGCAUUUACCCACUUGCACGUUAAGGCUCCACAGAGUCCUUUUCAAAACCUCCAUCUCCUACAAGUUCUGAAUCUUUCUCACUGUCUCCUGGAUACCAGCAAUCAGCACCUUCUAGCAGGCCUGGUGGAUCUCCGCCAUCUAAAUUUACAGGGGAAUCACUUUCCAGAUGGGAGCAUCUCAAAGACCAACCUGCUUCAGCCCUUGAGCAGCUUGGAGGUUCUUAUUUUAUCCUCCUGUGACCUCCUUUCCAUAGACAAGCAAGCAUUCCAGAGCCUUGGGAAUAUGAGUCAUGUAGACUUAAGCUACAACAGCCUGACAGGCAAUAGCAUAGAUGCUUUUAGCCAUCUUCAGGGGCUCUACCUCAAUCUGGCCGCCAAUAGCAUCCACACCGUCCCACCUCAUCUCAUUCCCAUCCUGUCCCAGCAGAGCACCAUUAACCUAAGUCACAAUCCCCUGGAGUGUACUUGUUCCAACAUUUAUUUUAUAACAUGGUACAAAGAAAACCUGGAGAAAUUUGAGGGCUUGGAGGAAACUGUGUGUGCAAACCCCCCAUCUUUAAGGGGAGUUAAGCUGUAUGAUGUCAAACUGUCCUGUGGGAUUACAGCUCUGGGCAUUUUCUUUCUUAUAGUAUUUCUACUUCUCAUUGCCAUUCUGCUCAUUUUUUCAGUUAAAUUCCUCCUUAGGUGGAAAUACCAGCACAUUUAGUACAGAAGGUUCCCGGAGAUGGCAAAUAAAUGUGUUCAGUGAAAUUGCCCCAAGUAAAGGAACUGUUGUCUGUUCCUUUUCAGGCUGUCAGAAUUUUCACAUUGGUUCCUGCAGCUGGAUAGGGACUCACUGUGCUUUUCUGAGUCCCAGAGCUAAUGAACCUUCCUGCAACGUAAACUGACUAGGGCCAGGGGACCAAACAACAGCUGUGAGAGACACAGAGCCAUUUCCUCACAUGAAAGGUGGUUGGAGGACCUGGGGCAGGGAAAGGCCAGAAGAGGAAUGUUCAAGGAGGCUAUCUCCCUUCCGCUCAUGGACACCCCUGAAGCAGCACCCACCUUGAUCCUAGAGGGAGAUCAACAACCACAACCUAGUGGCACUGGUGACCCCAGUCCAAACUGUCUCCUGCAGCUUGGGCAUUGUGCUUGGCUCUGAGUCCUCAGUAAGAAAGUCGGUCAUUUGAAAAACUUGUUGAGGAUCAAGUCUCAAUGCUUAUUUUAAAUGAGAAAGGGAAUACACAAGUGAGUUUAAAAGAAGAGGCUGAGAAAUGAAUUGUGAUACCAAAUCUGCUUCAUUAAUCUCCUUAAUCCUAAAGUCUCUAAGGUCUCUACCAUGCUGCUACAGUGUAAAUAGGUACAAACACAAACACAAACAAAAACAAACAAACCACACCACAAGUCCCGCAUCCUUCAAGGUCUAGUAUUUUUGCUACAUUGGCCACCCUCAUUGUUCAGAACCAUGGAAGUUUCUUCUACCUAUCUUGUGUGCUUGGUCUUAUAUUACAAAGCCUACCUUACACAUGGGCUGUGGUCCAAAUGCUCUUCUCAUCUGAAUGUCUGGUUCUUAGAAGCUUCUUUCCCACAGAAACUAUGAGAUAAAUGGUGGUUUGGUUCCCAGGGCAGCUCUCAAAAGUCUAUUCACCUGGGAUAGUAAUCGAGAUAGUGCAUUUGCAGUGAAACCAGUGGAAGAAAGCAUCACUGUGCUCUAGCUGUCCACAACACAAUACUCUGGCUCAAUGAGCUUCUGUUGAGUCUGGGGGUAACAGCAAUGGUUGUGCCAGUGGGAAAGAAUGGACAAGACCAUUGACUGUAGAGACACUGAGAGAGGACAGAGAAGAGGAAAGUGUUAGGACUUAGGUCUUGCAAGGCCUAAAGGGUCCACUCCUAUAAGGCUUAAUCUUCUGUGGUCUGCACUGGUGGACAAAAGCUGAACUCUCUUGUACUCAGGAUGCUGCAUUUAUAUGGCCUUAAGUUCUGGAACCAGUUUUCAUCUAGAAGUGGUAACUCGAGCUAUGAAAAUCUGAUUGGAUAUCAACAUGAAAUUAACUUUCAUAUCCAAUCGGAAUUUAUUAGCCCUUAUGUUGAGGUCCUAACAGUGGGACAUAUUAACAGAGUGGAAACUGGGGACCAAAGUCUCUUUACUUCUGUAUCCCCCCAAGAACAGCAAAAAAGACAAGAAACAGUGAAAAAAUGCCAUAAAACUCUCCUGCAAAUGCUCUACUAGUCUUGUAGUCUUGGGGGAUUUUUUGUGUAGUACUAAGUGGGAGGCCACGUUUUUCUAGAAGUUCUUGGUUAACAACACAAGGUAAAGGAAGAGAGGAGCUUGCUUUGAC